UGAUCCAAAACGAAAGUAAAAUUUAGUUGCGAAAACAAUCAGAUUACGGUCAUGUGAUCUAUUGUGUUUGUGUCAUUAUAAUGUGAAAAAGAUUUCUUUUAUCAUUUUUAAAUGAUAACUCUUUACAGGUGUUAAAACAUUAUCACUGUGGCAGUUUGUCUUCUUGGUCUUUCAAAAAAUUGAGAAAAAAAUGAGAGAUUUUUAUCUUCAGAAGUUCAGUAUUUCUUCCGGGUGAUUUCAACACGAAAGAUUUAGAUAAAAAUGUCGGAAGCAGAUUCUCCUGAAGAGGACAUCUCUCUUGAGGAAUCCCUACUAUUGUGUUCAAGACGAGGACAGGUGGACAUCAUAAGAGAUAUUCUACAGAGUAGAAAGGAAGGGAAAGUUGAUGUUGAUAUUAACUGUAAAGGUACUCAGAAGUCAAACAGGGGCUGGACCUCAUUACAUUUGGCUUCAUACUUUGGUCAUUCUGAGGUGGUGAAGAUAUUAUUAGAGUAUGGUGUAUCAGUAAAUGCAGUGAACAAUGUAGGAGAUACCGCAUUACAUAAAGCAGCACAUACAGGAAGAUUGGAUGUGGUCACGUUGUUGUUACAACAUGAGGCUGAUGUGUCUGUGAUCAAUGCCGAGGGUAAUACAGCAAAAUCACUGGCCAAAACUCAGGAAAUACAUAGACUCAUUGAAGCGGCAGAACAACAUGAUGCGACAAGACUGGAGGAAGAGUUUAUGUCGUCUGUUAGACUGGGAAAAAUGGAUCAGAUUGAACAUCUGGUGUCAGAUGGGAAGUUUUCAAAGAUCAGCUGUCAGGAUAGUUUUGGGAAUACAGCGUUACAUGUAGCGGCACAGGCUGGACAGAAGGAAGUGGCAGUGUAUCUGUUACAGAAGGGAUUAAACACCGAGACCAAAAAUAAACAAGGUUUACUGCCAUCUCAAGUAGCCAAAACAGAACAAAUGAAACAGUUAUUACAUGUACAACCGAAGAAGGAUGCUAUAAAAACACCAGCGAGAUUUGAAGGACUACUGAUCAAAAGGAAAUUUGUUGGUAGUACCCCUGUUUGGGUUGUGCUAGAGAGAGGAGUACUUUCUUACUUCAAAAACAGAGGUGAUGCAUCAACCGGCAGUAAGAGGCGAGGAAUGAAGUACCUGGAUAAUGCUCAUUUAAUGGUCUAUGAGGAAAAUGGUUUUGACUUUAUGAUAAAAUACUCAGACGGAACACAUCAUAGGUUAGGUGUGGAUCCGGGAGCCAGUGAAGUACGAGUGGGCAGGGAUCCAGCUACAGGAGAAAUAGUUACUAGACAGAUGUGGCUAAAUUCUUUGAAGGAGCAUAUAAACUACAAUACUCAUUACAUACACAAAGGUGAAAUGUUAAAGACAGAGUCCAGUGAAAAUCUACCGUUGGUCACAAUGGAGGAAGCUCUGAAAGUAGCACAAGCCCAUCAAGAUGUCAUUGACAGCCAUGUAUCUCAGUUAUGUCACUACCUCUCGGGAUCUCAGGAAAAUACAAAAGCAAUGGUGGCAACAGAUAAUGAUGUUUUGGUUGAUCAGACAGCAGGAAAUGCGGUACAUUUAGAGGAGGAGCUGCAGAAAACUGUGAAAUAUGCCAAAGAUAUGUGUUCAUCAUUAAACAAGUGCCUUACUCUGUACACACAGGAACAGGAGGAGAGGGAGAAGGUAUUACAUGAAGAGAAAGAGAAAAAUCGAGUGUUACAGGAAGCUUUGCAUGCAUUAGCGUUAGAACAUCACGAGCUAGAACGUUCAUAUUCACAUAACGUACGUGCCCGGAGUUUCUCAAUAGAUGACGAUCAGUUCUUUGACUGUGAUGAUAUGGAUGACAAUGUUGAUAUACAUCUUCCAUUGUCACCUAGAUCUAGUCCAAGGUCAGUGAUGUCUGAUAAUCUGUCUUUCAAGUCUUUCCAGUUAGAUAGUGGUGACCGUUCCUCACCGAUGUCCGCCAUCUUCAAUUAUCACGUACGGUUGGGUGGCAGGACGGAACUUCCAGUACCGAUGUUUGACAGAAAUGACUUCAGUUUUUGGAGUAUACUUAAACAAUGUAUAGGAAAGGAAUUGUCAAAAAUUACGAUGCCAGUUGUGUUCAACGAACCUCUCACAUUCCUACAGCGAAUCACAGAGUACCUGGAAUACUCAACCCUACUUAACACAGCCUCUAUGCAAGACGAUCCUGCCGACAGAAUGAUGCAUGUAGCAGCUUUUGCAGUAUCAGCUAUAUCAUCAAACUGGGACAGGAUCGGAAAACCAUUCAACCCAUUACUAGGUGAAACCUUUGAAUUAGAUAGACCUGAUCUCGGUUUCCGUCUGAUCACGGAACAGGUGUGUCAUCAUCCGCCAAUCAGUGCUUUCCACAUAGAAUCUAAAACAUUCAAGUUUCAUGGUUCCAUUCAUCCAAAGUUGAAAUUCUGGGGUAAAUCUGUAGAAAUCAACCCUAAAGGAGUAAUAACGUUAGAAUUACUCAAACAUGGUGAAAUAUAUACGUGGCAGAAUGUUAAUUGCUGUGUACAUAAUGUGAUAGUGGGAAAGAUCUGGAUAGAACAUACGGGUGUAAUGGAAGUAAUUAACCAUAAAACGAAACAUAAAGCUGUGUUAAACUUUAAACAAGGGGGAUGGUUCGGGAAAGAUCUGCAUAAAGUGGAAGGAUUUGUGUAUGAUUCUAACAAACAGAAAGUAAAGUCACUGUAUGGAAGCUGGGUGUAUGAUCUCUUCGGGGUGGAUUAUGAUAAAUAUGAAGAGUUUCUGAGUGGAAAACCAAAUUCUAGUCCAAAACACACGGUAGCGGAAAAUGGUAACAAUGAGUCAGAUGUAGAUGACAACAUUCCCACACAUCAUUUUUCAACAUUCAAUCUCAACAUACCAGAUCAGGUUACAUUAUGGCGUGCAACUCCACGGCCGGAGAAAUCAGAAAAAUACUUCAGUUUUACAGCAUAUGCCAUUGCAUUGAAUGAGUUAAAGGAUUAUAUGCUAGACAAAUUACCUCCGACAGACUCCAGACUACGCCCAGAUGUGAGAAUUUUGGAGGAGGGCAACAUAGACCUGGCAGGUGAGGAAAAGAACAGAUUAGAGGAGAAACAAAGAGCUGCCAGGAGAGAAAGAAAGAAAAGAAGGGAUGAAUGGACACCACAGUAAGUUUUGUAGCUUAAGGGACUUCAUACAU